CGGACUUGACUCACUCACUCCCCUUUUUUUUUCUCUCUCUCUCUCUCUCUCUCUCUCUCUCUCUCUCCCGCUCGCUCGCUCGCUCGCUCUCCGGUCCCCCCUUUUUCUUUCUGAACUUUUCGGCCGGCCUCACAGUCUUUCACUUCUCCGUGUUGUGUGUGUCUCUUUGUGCAACGUGUGCGUGUGUGUCUGUGUGUGUGUGUGUGUGUGUAGAAGAAAACGGGGAUUCUCCUCAUCUCUUUCAAAUCCAAUCAAAAACGAUACGUUCGUUUGAAAAACAGAAACUUGUUGAUGUGUGUCGCGCUUGUCAAUUUGUUGGUGCGUUUGUGUAACGCGUUCAAAGGAUAGUAUUUUUUGUUUUUGUUUGUUUUCGUUUGUUUUCUUAAAUAACAAUAAUAAAGAAAAAGAAGAAGAAAAAGAAGAAGAAAAAGAAGAAGAAAAAGAAAAAGCGGAAAAAUGCGAAGUCAAACGACGACAAACAGCCGGAAACGGGCGCGUGAAUCAGCAGACAGCGUCCGAUCGACUCGUCUCAAAACGGGACGUCACGCGCGGCCCUCGCUGGCCACCGAACUCGACAUGAAAAUGGACGAGAUGGACGACGAAAUGACGACCAUUUUGCACUUGGAAGAACUGGAGGAGGAAGAUUUGGAAUCGCUCAAGAAAAAGACCAAACUGAUGGCGAUCAAGCGAAAGGCCAAAAUCGUUCAACAUCCAACGGCCGCCACGGCAACGGUCAUCGGCCCUUUGUCAGACGGGAGCGCGUCAACCGAGCAAGACCAGCGUGCAAUCGUGACGCCAUGCAAACAGCGAAAAGCGUCGCUCCUUCAGCCAGGGCAGCAAGAGCAAGAGCAGCAGCAGCAGCAGCAACAGCAGGUCGCUAAUGGCUUUCCGGUGACCGUGUUUCCACCUGCCGAUAACAAUAACAGCACUCCUACCGGACCCUUUCAGCAACGCCUCACCAAUAACAACAACAACAACAACAACAACAACAACAGCGGCCAGAAGAAUGGUAAAGGAGUUGGCAACAGCAAGCCGGAACACAAGCCGGCCGUCAUGAUGGCAAACCGAACAGCUAAAGAAGCCCCUCCUCCUCCUCCUCCUCUUUCUUCUUCUUCUUCGACCAGACGGGAUGGUGAUGAAGCGACAGCGGCCAUCGUUGCGGUUACAUCAGCCGCCGUGUCCAUUCGUCGACAACAAAUGAAGGAAGCUUUCCAGCCUUGGGUUAUGCAGACUUAUGGAGACGCGGCCAAGACCAAGACGAUUUCACGUCGCAAGUCGGAACGGAUCGCCCGGAUCUUGAAGGGAGAGGACCGAUCGAACGGAGCCGACUCGUCUAAAUUCCGAUUCUGGGUACGAGCCAAAGGUUUCCGGCUCGGUGCAAAUGGAACUGCUGGCAACCCAACAGACUCCUCCUCCACCUCCUCCUCCUCUUCGUCGUCGUCGUCGUCGUCUUCGUCUUCUUCCAUUUCAUCGGACCUCAUGUCAGCAGGACAGAGUUUGCCUUUUCCUGGAAACGGCGGCAACGACCCGACGGCGCACGACGACCUCUACGUCGUCACCAGCACCACAAAGGACGAAGCGGGCGGAGAAGAUCGGCCCGUUUACAAGAAAGUGGCCGUCGUCGAAGAUUUCUUCGACAUCAUCUACAGAGAGCAUGUGGAAUUCAUGAACAAUAGCGGCGGACGACCGCCAACGGGCAAACACGCCGGACAGAAACGAACGUAUCGCGCUAUAACAGAAAUUUACGCGUUUCUGCCGCGAGAGGCUGUCACGAGAUUCUUAAUGCAAUGCGCCGAUUGCCAACGACGCGGCAACGGCGCUUCAUCCGCCGCCAACGUGAUCCUUCCAUCGUCCAGCCAGCUCGUCGCAGGAGCACCAGUCUCCACUCCUACACCCAACAGCCUGCUGCCCAAUCAAAGCGUUUCGCCAGGGUCACCGACUCCACCGGCAUCUCCGCACGCUCCGGCCAACGUAACGGCGACGGCUGCCCCUGCCACCGUCAAGUUGCACCACCACCUCCCACCGACGCCGCCGCAGUCCAGCCGCCAUAGCAGCAGCAGCAGCAGCAGCGAGCAUAGCUGGUCUCAACAACAGCACAAACUUGGGCUCUUGGGGUUGGGCCAAGCGACUCCCAUUCCUCCUACCCCAUCGACGCUGCUGAUGGGUUUGGCCGUGACUGCCAACAACAUCGACCUGAGUCUGCCGUUGACCAGCACGCUCCUCAAACGCGCCACACUAGCCGGAGUGUCACAUCAACAACUGCUAGGACUCGAUCGCGCCGAGUCGUCAUUUAGCUCGGCUGGAAUAUCUAGUCAGCAACUACCCCAAGGCAUGACAGCUGGAUAUAGAGCGGAUCAUCAAGAGAUCAAUCCAGUGUCACAGCAACAAUAUCAGAGUUCAUCUUCUCCCAUGUCGAAUUGCAGCGCAACGAUGACAACAGCCUAUACGACCACCGAUCCCACUAGCCCCAUCACGUUGGACUUGUCUUUGUCAAAGACGUCAACAACCGAUGUCGCCAUGUGUGACGAUCAUUCCCCAAACGGAACUGUCAAAGACGAGGACGACGAAGAUGACGACGAUGCCGAUGACAGGAUCGACACACAACAAGAUCCAGAACGUCUUAAAGCUUUCAAUAUGUUUGUUCGAUUAUUUGUGGACGAAAAUCUAGACCGCAUGGUUCCCAUUUCACGACAGCCACGUGAGAAAAUUCAAGCAAUUAUCGAUUCGUGUUUACGUCAGUUCCCCGAGUUUGGCGAGAGAGCGCGCAAGCGCAUUCGUACCUAUUUGAAAUCGUGUAGGCGCCAUAAGCGAACGAGGGAUCAUCCAGAUGCUGCGUUUUCAGUGACUGGAACUGGUGCGUUGCCAUCUCCAAAUAGACCAAUGCCAUCUCACUUGACGUCGGUCGUGGCUGAACAAAUCCUAGCACAGGCCUGUGAAAAUGAGAAUCAAAAUGCCAAACGAUUACGUCUAGGACUAGAACCAAUCAGCCAGCCUUUGCCACCAACAAUGAAUAACGAGGGAUCAAAUGUUUCAAACAGCCCAACAACAUUUGCACAACAACCGGAAGCAGCACAGAGUUCACAGUCUACCAUCAUACCAACUUCAUCUGGAAUGAAUCUGUCUUCUAGCCAAACGACCAAUUUAUUCCGGCCAGCAUUUGGGCCAUACCAAAGAUCCAGCAAUAAUGGACAUUCUCAACCAACAACUUCCAUUAAUCAAGGUCCGACAGAUUUGAGUACCAAAUCCCGGCCUGCUUCUGCAAUUUUGGCGCCAACGACAACUAAUGGAUUACCCAAUCGUUCGUCGCCAUUGCAACCACAUAAGUUGAAUGCUGCAGAAAUACUUGCUGUUCGUCAGUUAGUCACUGGAUACAGAGAAUCGGCAGCAUUUUUGCUUCGAUCAGCAGACGAGUUGGAACAAUUGCUACACCAACAGCAAUCAACAAAUUGAAAAGAACGUUGUCAGUGUCAAUUUUACACGUCUACGUGAAAAAUUUGUAUUUGAAAAAUAGAUUACAAGUAUGUGUUUAUUUUUGUUUCAUCAACUAUGUGCAAUUUUCGAAAAACGGACUAGAAAAAAAAAAAGAAAAUUCGUUGUUUUUUUCCCUGGUUGGAGUGAGCCAAAUCUUCUUCCUUUCCCCAAAGUUCGAAUCCAGAUAAAAAGUUCCUCUGUCGCUGUUCAACAACUCCUUAUACGUAUUUGCUUGUUCUACGGAAAAAUCAAAGAAUGUUUGUAUACAUAUUUGUAAACAGUUAACUAUUAAUAAAAGUCGAAAUAACCAAACG